UUUCGAGCGCGCAAAGGUAAGUGGUGUUGCAACGGUAGUUGUCUUCAAUUCACCACAAUAUAUUUCAGCCACUUAUGUUGAGAAGUAAAUUGUUCCCUCGUUCGUGCUUUCUGUCAACGAGGAUAGAAAAAGGCUCUUGACACAGGAAGGGAAAUUUCGAAAGAAUCUAUUUUGAAAAGCCUCGCUGCCAUCCCGGUUUCAUUGAAAGUGAUUCGACCAAAGGUCGAUUUCUUUUGCUGCAUUGAGAACGCUGAAAGUUAUUCACUUGAAGAUGGGAUGGAUUGGGAUACCUUUCGAGGCACAUUUUUGCAAUCUUGUCUAUGGAAGCGGGGAAUGAGAGGAAACCAAAAAAUGUCAACCGAAACAUUUACAUCUAGACAAGUGGAUGAUAUAAAUUCACUCUCAGUUCAAAAAGCGAAAAAGAGAAGAGCAUCAUUUUCGGUUUUAUUGAGUUCGACAGAGAACAAUCAGUCCGACGACAUGAACUUUUACGGGAAGUAUUCUCAUAUUCGCAGAACGCUCGACUACUCCUAUCACUCAAAUUACACGUUUGAACGACAAAAACUCCACGAUGCAAUCAUUACCGAUAUGCUCAAUGAAGCCUACAUUAGUGACGAAGAUGGGAAUGUCGGAUUAGCAGCUAAAGAUCCUUGGAUUGUCUUCACUGCUGGUGCCAUGGGGGCUGGGAAAAGCCAUACGAUGCUAGUUCUUGUGGAGCAGGAGAGGUUUCCUCUUCCGGCAUUUGUAAUCGUGGAUCCAGAUCAGAUUAGACGACUUCUCCCGGAGUACCACAUGUAUGUUGCAAAGAACCCCGAGAUGGUAGGAAAACUAACACAGAAAGAGGUACGUGCAAUAUGUACACUGGCGCCUGGACUUAUUCUCUAGUCGAUGAUGAAUUAAUUACUACGAUCGAAAAACAACGAUCUUCACAUUAAAUAAUAUCAUUUUCUUGCUUUCGUUCUCGAUUGCCAGGCUGGAUACAUCGCGGAAGUCUUGACCCUUGCAGCCCUUCAGAGCGGAAAGAAUGUUUUGCAAGAUGGAUCCCUUCGAGACCACGGGUGGUAUAAGGUUCUUUUUCAUCGCCUAAGGGAAGCGCAUCCUCAAGUUCGGCAAGCGAUUAUCCACGUCACGGCUCCCAAGCAAGCUAUUUUGGAUCGGGCAGCGGUGAGUUCACAAAGGCAAUCGAAGGCUAGCUUUAGAUUUUGGGAUCUACUUGGACUCAUCGUCUUUCCCUCUUCGUUAUCUCUUUCACGCAGGAACGUGCGCUACUGACAGGACGAGUUGUACCAGAAGAAAUACUAGAACAGGCAAUCCAAGAGGUCCCUAAGUCGGUCAAGAUACUUGCGCCUUUGGUAGACUAUUAUGCAGAAAUCAGCAAUCCUCCAGAUGCCAAUGACGUUGAACUAGUGAAACCAGAAGGCUCGAAUUGGGAGGAAUUUAGACAGCAAUGGAUCCAGUACGUACAACUAAUUUCACACAUCUGACGAUGGUCAAAGAUGUUUCGUGUUGAACCAUUUGGCUGACUUAGUUUUUCUGCUUGGCCGACUUCUCAGAACUGUUGCCUAUAUAAAUAAUCUAGAGAAGGUGCUACAAAAAGUUGAAAAGGCCAAAGAUUCUCGAUCUAAGAAGCAUAUAUUUUGACUUUUUGCACCAAUGUCGUAUAGCCGAAGCUGCAACUACUUUAGUUCAAAAUAACAUUCUUAUCAUCUU